AUGAGGGAGGAUGAGUAUGAAAGCCGGUCCGGAAGUGAUAACUUUGAACUCGAUGGAAUGUCUGGUGAUGAACAAGAUGGCGGUGAUGAUCAGCGUAAGAGGAAGAAGAGAUACCAUAGACAUACUCCUAAUCAAAUUCAAGAGCUUGAAAGUUUCUUCAAAGAGUGUCCUCAUCCUGAUGAGAAACAAAGGUUGGAUCUUAGUAGGAGACUUGGCUUGGAAAAUAAACAAGUCAAGUUCUGGUUUCAGAAUCGGCGAACACAAAUGAAGACUCAACUCGAAAGACAUGAGAACAUAAUGCUUAGGCAGGAAAAUGACAAGCUAAGAGGGGAGAAUAAUAUAAUGAAAGACGCAAUGGUAAAUCCAAUAUGUAACAACUGUGGUGGACCAGCGAUUCCCGGGCAGAUUUUGUUUGAAGAGCACCAGAUUAGAAUCGAAAAUGCCCGUCUAAAGGAUGAAUUGAACCGUAUAUGUGCCUUAACAAACAAGUUCCUUGGCAAACCAAUAUCAUCAAUGGCUAAUCCCAUGGCUCUAUCGGCCUCAAAUUCAGGUCUGGAACUUGGUAUUGGAAGGAAUGGUUAUGGUGGUGGUUCGAGCUCUCUUGGCCCGUCUUUACCAAUGGGGCUUGAUCUUGGAGAUUGUUCUGCAAUGCCUGGUAUUAGAUCACCAAUGGGAAUGAUGGGUAAUAGUAAUGACAUUCAGCUUGAGAGAUCGGUGCUUAUAGAUCUUGCAUUAGCUGCUAUGGAUGAACUAUUAAAGAUGGCUCAUGCAGAUUGUCCUAUUUGGAUUAAGGGUUUGGACGGAGAGAGGGACAUUUUGAAUCAAGAAGAGUAUGCAAGGUUUUCUUCUUGCAUUGGUCCGAAACCUCCUGGUUUUGUCGCUGAAGCUACGAGAGAAACCGGCAUUGUAAUAAUCAAUAGUUCAGCCCUUAUGGAAACUUUGAUGGACGCUAAUCGAUAUGCAGACAUGUUUCAGUCUAUGAUUGCUAGAUCCGUAAACCUUGAUGUUUUAUCUGGUGGCAUUGGUGGAACCAGAAAUGGUGCUAUACAUUUGAUGCAUGCUGAGGUUCAAUUACUUUCACCAUUAGUGCCGGUUCGUCAAGUGAGAAUACUUCGCUUCUGUAAGCAACAUGCAGAAGGUGUAUGGGCUGUGGUUGAUGUUUCUGUAGAGAUGGGUCAUGAUGCUAAUUCUCAACCAUUCAUUAGCUGUAGGAGACUUCCUUCAGGAUGUAUUGUGCAGGAUAUGCCAAAUGGUUAUUCCAAGGUAACUUGGAUUGAACAUUGGGAGUAUGAUGAGAGUGUUGUUCAUCAACUCUAUCGUCCGUUGCUUAUUUCCGGUAUUGGAUUCGGUGCUCAUAGAUGGAUCGCUACUCUCCAAAGGCAGUGUGAAGGUUUGGCUAUCCUCCUCUCGUCGUCCAUCUCAAGUGACGAUCACACAGCACUGAGCCAAGCUGGUAGAAGAAGCAUGUUGAAGCUCGCACAGCGCAUGACGAAUAAUUUUUGUUCCGGGGUUUGUGCUUCUUCUGCGAGGAAGUGGGACAGCCUUCAAAUGGGGACCCUGAGUGACGACAUGAGAGUUAUGACUAGGAAAAAUGUUGAUGACCCUGGCGAGCCUCCCGGUAUUGUGCUCAGCGCUGCAACGUCUGUUUGGAUGCCUGUUUCACGACAAAGAUUAUUUGAUUUUCUGCGUGAUGAACGACUUAGAAGCGAGUGGGACAUUUUGUCAAACGGUGGACCAAUGCAAGAAAUGGUUCACAUUGCCAAAGGUCAAGGACAAGGAAAUUGUGUUUCUCUCCUUCGUGCUAAUGCCGUUAAUGCAAACGAUAGCAGCAUGUUGAUUUUGCAAGAGACAUGGAUGGAUACAUCGUGUUCCGUGGUGGUGUAUGCACCGGUUGACGCACAAUCAUUGAAUGUGGUAAUGAGCGGUGGUGAUUCUGCGUAUGUUGCACUCUUGCCUUCAGGUUUUGCCAUUGUUCCUGAUGGCAAUAAUUCCUCUAGCUAUGGUGCAUCAAAUGAAACUUCACAAAAAGGCGGUGGAGGCGACAAUGGUGGAAGUUUGCUAACAGUCGGGUUCCAAAUUCUAGUCAAUAGUCUUCCAACUGCAAAACUCACAAUGGAAUCGGUGGACACCGUGAAUAAUCUCAUCUCAUGCACCAUUCAGAAGAUCAAAGCCGCACUUAGAGUUGCAUAA